AUGAUACCAAAUAAAGAGAUUACAUUUGAAAUUUGUAAACAAUUACCAAAAGCAGAAUUACAUAGACAUUUGGAUGGAUCGAUUAGACUGACAACAUUGCUAGAAUUGGCAGUCGAAGAAAAGAUCGAGUUGCCAACCUAUGACUUGGAGGAGCUCAGUACCUAUAUCCUCAAGGACAAGAAUUGUAAUGGUCUACCUCACUUUCUUGAAGCUUUUCAAUAUACUCUUAAAGUAAUGCAAACUGCUCGUAUGUUAAUCAAAUCAAAUCAAAAUCAAAUCAAAGAGUACUUAAACUUUUUCUUUUUCUUUUUAGAUUCAAUUACAAGAAUAUUUUAUGAAAUGUGUGAAGAUGCAAUCAAUGAUGGAGUAACAUAUUUGGAAGUUAGAUUCUCACCUGUACUACAUACUGAAAAGGGAUUGAGUUUGUCGGCUGUUAUGGAGGCAGUUUGUGAAGGGUUGGCAUUGGCAGAGAUGAAGUUACCAAUGAAAGCUAGUAUUAUUGUAUGUGGUUUACGUCAUCUUUCACCAAGUGUAACCAAAGAUUUAGCUGAAGUUGCAUGGAGAUACAGAUCAAAGGGAGUUAGAGGAUUUGAUUUGGCUGGACCAGAAGAUGGAUUCGGUAGCAAGUAUCACAAGGAAGCAUUCCAAGUGAUUCGUAGCAAGUGUAUCAAUGUAACAUUACAUUCUGGAGAGGAUAGUAAUUGGGAGAGUGUUGCGGACUCGAUUCACGAAUGUGGUGCUAAUCGUAUUGGCCAUGGUAUCGCUAUCCAACAGAAUCCACAAUUACUCGAUUACAUGAUUAAUCGUGGAAUACCCAUUGAAUGUUGUUUAACCUCUAAUCUUCAAAUCAAGGGUAUCAAGAGUAUUGCCGAUCACCCCAUCAGACGAUACUUUGACAAGGGUGCCGUCGUCACACUCUGUUGCGACAAUACAACGAUGAGCAACAUCACCCUGUCUGGCGAGUUCAAGUUGGCAAUUGACACUUUCAACUUUUCAGUCGAAGAGGUGAUUCGUUUGAUCGACCACUCCUUUGCAUCAACCUUUUUGGACGCACCCAUGAAGGAUCGUCUUCGUAUCGAGUCGGUCAAGCGUGCCAUUGAAAUUUUCCGCGACGCUGGCUAUGAUCUCGAGCCACUCUAUCAAAACGCCCCAUACUACUUGGAGCGUGGUAUCAACGUGACUUUACCCGUCUACAAGUUCACACCCAUCCCAACCAUGUCACUUGACAUUAUCUCUAAUCUUCCCAAAGCCGACCUCCACUGCCGUCUUGACGGGUCCGUCUCGAUCGGUCUCAUGUGGGAUGAAAUGGUCGCGAACGACUACAAACUAUUAAAAGCAGUGCAAGCUAGAUUCAAUCUUAAAUUGGCCGAUAUCAAUGAAUUUAGAUCUGUCAUACAGUGUCCAUCAGGUCAUACUGUCGAGACGAUUCAACGUGCCAAAAAGAUUAUGAAUAUGCUUUUACAAACGGCCGAGCAGUUGCAACGUGGUUUUGACGAUGUCAUGACCCGUGCUCUCCAAGACAAGGUGUCGUAUAUCGAAGUACAUUUCCGUCCAGCCUCUCAUACAUUUGGCGGUCUGUCUCUACAGGACGCAUUCCAAGUGUUGGUCGACCGUCGUGUCCACUGGCAAGACAAGGGACUGACGAUUGCAUUCAUCCUCUUUGUAUCACCAUCACGCGAUGACCCAGUCUCAUUCUUUGAGAUUGCUCAAAUGGCAGUAGCCAACCGUCAAAAGUCUGUCGUUGGAUUUGGUAUCUUUGGCACGGACGUCAUUCCACCCUCCGAGAUGAAAUACUUUAGAAAGACAUUUGACUUUUUAAAAUCACAAAACUUUAACGUUGUCCAAUUUGCCGGGCACUCUGGUAUAGAGUCUAUGGUAUCGACCAUCAACGAUGCUGGUGCUAGUCGUCUAUCUGGUGCAUUCCAGGUAAACCAUUUCCCAGAGAUGAUGAAUUAUCUCGCCAACUAUCGUAUCCCAGUCGAGUUGAGUUUGUCAGAGUACCUCAAAAUUUUCACAAGCGAGUUUUCCUUUACAAGCCCCGUCAGACAUAUGACCGACAACAAUGUACCAGUCGUCAUCUGCAGUCUCCGUUCUUCACUCUACACAUUUACAAGAAACGAAAUGCUCUUUGAGAUUGCCAAAAACUCACAGUUUAAUCUCCUCCAUGUUUUACGUCUUCUCAGAAAUGCCUUUUCCUACAAUUUCCAAGACUUUAACACAAAGAAACAAUUAAAGAAGCAAUUCGAUGAUAUUUCCACAACAUACCUUGAAACUCUUGGUAUUAAAAAUCCUCAAAUUUAUUAA